CGAACAAACACAACUUGUAAACAUUUGGAAAAUUUGAAUAAAUGUCCAUGCUUUCCGUCAUUUCUCAGUAGUGUUCAACCACGUUCAUAUCUCUGAAAAUCAUAAUGCCAGCAACUCGAUCGGCCAUUAUAAGUACUUUCAUUAUCUCCUGUCUCUUUUCACUGGCCCUUAUUACUUUGUACUUAAAUUAUGGCUCUAGUGAUUGUCACGAAGGUUCAUUUUUGUGCAUCCAGUCGGACGUUUGUAUUGCAAAUAAAUAUAAAUGCAAUAAUUUUUCUGAUUGUCUACACGGAGAAGACGAAAAUUAUCUCAUAUGCACCGACUUCUCUGGAAGUCUGCAACAUUAUCACAAAGUCAUAUUCACUGAAGACCCUGAACCAGAUCCAAAACCAGAAACGGUACCAGAACUGGAACCAAAACGUAAUGAUUCAGAUAUUGAAGAUAUUGAGUUGCCGUGUGCUUUAAACAAUUAUCCCGCCAGGUGUGAUUGUUUGAUUGGAACAUGGUUACGAUGUAAUAGUGUUGGACUGACAAAAGUGCCAAGAAAUAUUUCUUCUAAUCUAAAAAGAAUAGCAAUGAGGAGCAACAAUAUAGUUCUUUCUAACGAUUCAUUUGAUGAGUAUAAUUUGUUGGUAAUGAUCCACUUAGAAGAUAAUAAAUUGACUGUAAUACCCCCGUUUGUCUUUAAACAUCAAAAUAAAUUAAGAUAUCUUUUUUUAUUACGUAAUGAAUUGAAUGUUUUGGAAAAAGACGCCCUUUACGGAUUGGACAAUAUUAGAACACUAUUUUUGGAUAAUAAUCACUUGGUGCUUUUAAAUUUAAACUCUUGGAAACAUAUGGUCAAAGUAAAAUGGAUAUAUCUAUCAAAUAAUUUAUUGACUUUUAAAAACGAGUGUUUUCCACACUUAAUGGAUCUUGAAAUGUUACAUUUACAAUGGAAUCGUAUUGAAACAAUAAAUGAGUUCAUGUUUGCAGACUUACCAAAUCUAUCGGUUUUGAAUUUAAGUAACAAUGUAAUCACAGUGGUUCAUAAAAACGCAUUUCAAAACUUAUUGAAUCUUUCGGAUUUAAAUAUAGCUGACAAUCGCAUUACAACAAUCACCCAGGAAAUGCUACAUCCAUUAAAAAUAUUAGAUAAAUUAGUUUUAAGAAAUAAUCCAAUUACAAGGAUAAAUAAUGUUAUUUUCACAGAAAUGAAAAGUCUCUCUUCGUUAGAUAUGAAUGGCAUAAAUAAAGAAAAUAUUGAAAUGUCAUUAUUUGAUAACUUGACUACGCUGGAAUUUCUUUACUUGAAAGAAUUCCAUUAUUGUGUUUUGUACGCCCCACAUGUUGACUUUUGUUUACCAAAUACGGAUGGGUUAUCAUCAAGUUUAAAUCUCUUACCAAAUUCAACUUUUCGAUGGUUUCUAUGGAUGGUGACAGUCCUAACAUUGAUUUUUAACGCAUUGGUGUUAUACGGUCGGAUGUUUAGUACUUUUAGAGAUGAAAAUAAAGCAAUAAACUUUGUCAUACGGAAUUUAGCUGUUGCAGAUUUGUUCAUGGUAAUAUACUUAACGGUUAUUGGUUAUCAUGAUCAAAUAUACCGGAAUGAAUAUUAUUUGUAUGCACACAAGUGGGAGUCAUCUAUUUUGUGUACUAUAGUUGGAAUUAUGGCUGUGAUAUCGUCAGAAGUAUCUAUGCUCAUGCUGGUGUUUCUCAGUUUGGAAAGAUUCUUACUCAUAGCUGUACCAUUUUCUGGAUAUCAAGUACUGAAAUUGAAAACAGCUGUUUACUGUAUGAUAUCAAUUUGGGUGGUUGGGAUAAGUAUAUCAAUAGCGCCAUUGAUUUUAUGGAAGCACUCAUCAAAAUUUUACGGUUCUAAUGGUUUGUGCUAUCCUUUAUAUAUUGAAGAUCCAUUUGUUGGUGGGUGGCAAUAUUCGGCAUUCAUGUUUUUAAGGAUUACAUCCAAUAAUUUAUUGCUUAUGUCCGUUUUGUAUGCAUUAAUGUUUAUAAGUGUCAAAAAAACAAGACGAGCUGCCCACAUAUCUGCUGGUGAUUUCGAUUUUGCAGUUCGUUUCUUUUUCAUUGUUUUGGCGAAUAUUUUGUGUUGGUUACCCAUCAUAAUUUUGAAAUUUGCGGCAUUAAGAAAAUAUCAUGUUUCAAGUAAGAUGUACGUAUGGUUAAUAAUAUUUGUUGUGCCAAUCAAUGCAUUAGCAAAUCCAUUGUUAUAUACUUUCACAACUCCCAAGUUUAUAACUGCAGUGACUUCAAAAAAUAUCUUCAAGAUGACACACCGCAACUCAAGCAGUGUUGUAGAAAUGUCACAAUCGUCACACCCGAUAUCCUUGUACGGUAGAAAAUACGUCAAGAAGAAUAGAAAGGAGGCACUUGAAGAAAAACGAAAUGAAAAUAAUACUACUCAAGAAAAUAGUUUAGAAACAACAAAUGGUGAAUAAUUCAUCAACGAAUUUUCUAAUCAAAGUAUUAUGUAUACGACUUUAAAAAUUAGUAUACCCACUAUAUUCAGUUUAUUUUUCAUUAUCAGAAACUAACCUAACCAGAUGGUUUUACAUAGUAUGGGUACGUAACAAAAUGUCAAUAACACGCACUACCUACAAGCUGAAUAUUUUCAGUUACACACGCCAUGUUUUAUAUUGGAUAGUGGACACCCAGCUUGAUAAUAUUUAUUUCAGUCAGUAUAAUAGCAAAAGCUAGUUAUAAAUAUAAGUAUAUAUUAUUACAACAAUAGAACAUUUACAGUAAUAUGGUAUUGAAAACCAUACUAUUUUACAAUAAAGUUACAUUUUAUUCCACCAUACACUGUAAGCGGACGACCGUAUUGAAAUAAAAUUAAUUUCAGGAUUUGUUUUACACGAAUAUUACACAAUAUGUAUAUUUGAUAUUUUUUCUGUUUUUAAUAGUUAUUAUUGAGUCAUUAUAGUUUGACAUUAUCUUUUUAAUGAUGUUUAACACAAUAUCCAUACUAUAAUACACUGCACUAAGGCCACACCUACACAUAAUAUUUUGAAUUCGUCAACACCGUUAUCGUGUUUGGGAUUAUCAAGUUUUAUAUGUUUAUCGUACUAUUUUUCUUCUCACAUAUCAUAAUAUAUUAUUAUGUACACUCGAUGGUUUUAAUUUAUUAUAAUUUAUAACAUUAUCCCAUUAUGUAAACGCAAAAUUAAUAUACUACAAAAAUAUAUUACCAAAA